UUUAUUUAUGUUUUUUGUUGUAUUCAAAGAUAUUUUUUGUUGUACUCGUACUGAUACAAUACAAUCUAAUACUCUUUUUUUGCGCUUAUAAAAUUAUCCGUUCUCAGCCACAGCCGGCAUAUUUUUUCAUUGCUUCGCGCUUGCGAUUAAAAUCUGUCUGUUACGCAUUUGCGCAUGCGCUCACAACUGCCUUUACUUUUCCAACGCUUGUUGUUCUUGUGCUGAUGAGACAAGUGCGUAGUGGUGAUGCGGCUGAUCUGUUGUCGGUUAUGCUGUGAUUGCUUUCCGUGUUGUUGUAAUUUUCAGUUGAUUACUUUGUUACCGAGCAAAAGAAGGAAGUAAGUAACUACAACAAGAAAUUUUAAUGUUAAGUUUUUUUUGUGUGAGGUUUUUGUAUGUAAGUCUGAACAAGAUGCCAUUGAUCUUUUAUAAUUUAAGGAAAUUAUAUCUUGAAUUUAAAAGGCAUACAAUUUGUCAGACAACCAAUUAGAUGGGUGAGUCAGUAUUCAUUGUAGAUGAAAUUAUUGAAAAAGAAAUCAAUGAUGUAAGCUAAGGUUGUGGUAUUAGAAGGAAUUAGUUUUAUGACCACUGGAUUUGGUGGGAUUAGAUAUAGUUGGACUAAUCAUUCAAUCCGCAUCGAAAUCAAAUUCGAUACGGAAAGAAUUUACGAUCGAAAAUGUUCAAGUUUUAGUGUCGUGGUAGCUGAAACGUUUUGAACUGUGGAGGAGGAAACUUAAAGCGCUUUUUUCUCGAAACUACUUUUUUUGGAUGCGGUCGCCGAGAUAUCUCAAGUUCCAAUCAGCCGAUUUACUAGAAAUAUAGCAUGAAUAUUCUAAAAUAUUUAAGUUUGCAAUAAUUUUAAAAAAAGAUGACCACAAGGGUAGAAAUCUUGUUGGCGAGGACACGGCUUCCUCUACUUCAAGAACGCAUAACUCAAUAUAAAAUUUUAGAAUUAAUUUUUGUACUCUGCAAAUAUAAAUAAACAAAUGAUAAAAAUAUGUAGUACAGUAAAAAUAUCAAAUUAUUUUUUUUUAACAAUUGCUAAAAAACACACGAAAUUCGGGCCUCUAGACAAAAAUACCCCCUGAAGACAAUAACAUAUAGAUUUUAUAAAACGGCUCUGGGGACUUUCUCCCCAACUAUGAUAGUAUACAAAACGCUAUUUUGCAGUUGUCACUCUAGUUUCUCAAGGUAAGUCGGUGUCCUCAUCUGCAAUAAGUGGAGAGAUUUGCCUACUAAAGCAUAAUCAUCUGAAGAUAACUGGAGGAAAGUGUCAAUUGAUAUUCUGUGAAUGGCGUUUAAUAUUUUCUUAAAUAACUUCAAUGAUGGUUUCUUUUUAAUUUAUUUUAGCACUUCCUUCCAUUCGUCAAUCUGAAACUCCGUUUUCACGAACAACUUAAUCGGAACGGAAACGAGAAUGAUAAAGGCAAGAUUGCGAAGAGCAACGUUUUAAACGACACAAAUGGGUGAUUCACAUAGAACUUCUCAGACUUUUGCUUCGAUAGAAAAGUUCGAUAUACGUUCACAUCGAACGCAAUAAAGCGAAGCAAAAUGUUGGGCACCACUCAUCUUAUUACGCUUAGCCAAGCAACAAUUGCCAUUCUUAUUAACUAGUAGAACGGAAAGCAAAGCCUUCAUUCUGACAUACCAUUUCCUUUCAUAACUUAGUUGUUAAAGUAUAAAUUGUCAAGAAAUGUAAGAAAAGUUGUAUGUACAUAAAUUGGUCAGAGAUGUCAAACUUAUAAUAAUUGUAAAAAAAAUUGUUCCUUCUUUCGUUCAUAACAUAAACCAACGUCGUAAACGAAACGAAGUGCCAAACGCUGAAUACAAAAACUACUGCACUUAUCCUUCACUCCACAACGCGAUUGCACGACAGCGAAAUUUUCUUGUCUGCAAAUGCAAGAAUCAUAGAAUACAAGAUUACAAGACCAUCUUGUGACCCAAUUCUUUUGAAUUGAAAAGAAGAAGCAUAGAACAACAUGUAAAUUGUAAACAAAAACGUUUUAGUAGGGCAACAACGAAAUUGUUUACAUCAGCUGUUUGAUAUGUCGCUGCGGUCUUGAAAAUGUUCAAGAUGCUGGCUUCAAGACGCCAUUUGCAGACAAGAAAAUUUCGCUGUCGUGCAUGUGUUUAAUACAACAACGGACAGCUGUAUUCUUAAAAUAAAACUGCAUUAGUUUGCUUGCGCUGUGCAUUAUUUUAAUUUGGCUUGACUAUGGAUUUGGAUGAUAUGUUAAUUGAAGAAGUGCGUAAUCGGCCGUUUCUAUACGAUCUAGCGCAGAAGGAUUACAAAAAUUUAAAGAAAAAGGAUUAUGCAUGGAAGGAGAUUGCAGCACGCACGAAGUUGGGCGAAUUGAAAUGCAAAAAAAGAUGGAAGAGCCUCCGUGACACCUAUAAACGGUGCAAAAGAAUGAAGCAAGUCUCUACCGGCAAUAGCGCUGAAACUGCAAAGAAAACAUGGAAAUAUUUAGAAGCGAUGUCCUUUUUGGAUAAUACUAAAUAUGCCAGACGUACUAUUCGAAGUUCAAGCGAAGAAGUGGACUGUAUAGACGAAAAUGAUAUACUGGAAAUAAAACAAGAGGAUUCAGCAAAUAUAUCGUUGUCGGCAAGCGAAAGUUCUCAGUGUAGAUCUUCUCAUGCAUGGGGGCAAGAGGUUCAAAAAAAGAAACAGUACAGUGACAAGUUUCAACAGUUUUUGAAUUUGGCAGGCGCAAGCAUUUCCGAAACUUGUGCGGCAUUCGUGGAGCAAACACAAAAACAGAACACUACCGCACUUCACUUUUCCAGUUUAGCGGCGAAGAUAACAGAGGCCGGUCUUCCUCCAAAUGUCGUCAAUCAAAUAGAGGCCAAAGUAUCGGCUUUAGUGUUUGGGGAAAUUGACAAAUUUUAUUCAGGUCUUUUAAAAUAGAUGUACAUAAAUAAUGCGAUUGUAUUAAUGUGCGUAAGUAAAUUAAUUUUUAAGAGUAAUAAGCAUAGUUUUAGUUAUAUAAAAUUAAAUUCCUUAUAUUUAAGUAGUUAAUCGUCAAUGUGAACCUCAAGUACUUUUUAACUUUUUGAAAUAAAGAAAUGUUUUGUAAUAUAAAAGAA